GCCAAGUCAUCAGUGCGGGUGCGUAAUCUGUGUCGUCCUUCGUUUGAUAAUUUCGAAUUUCGUUUGUGAAGGGAAAAAAAUGUACUUCGAUCCGCUAUUGUAUGUCGACUUUCUGGAGGCAGAAAAACUUGACGAUAUCAGAAAGGAGUUUGCGGAAAACGGAAGGAAUGUUGACUCCUCGGGAGAGUCCAGUGAUGAAGAGACCAGCAAAAAAAGUGUUGCUCAUCUUGAAAAGGUUGAAAAGCAGCAGUUAAACGGAUAUGUCAGACAAACACUGGCAUUAUAUCAUUUUGAUCAGUUCAUGAAGAAUAUUGUGCCACAAGAACAAGAGCCGGAAACGCUAGUGAAUUCGUUGCUCAAAAUGUCUGUGGCUGAAGGGUCGCAAAUGAGCCGCUCUUGCGGAACUCCGCCAGGAUUUCCUCCAGUUAGUGAAAAUGUGUCCACCGCACUGCAAGAUAACACCACAAAUUUGAUUCCACCGAACUGCAAGAUAACACCACAGAUUGCUGCGAAGGAGGAGAGUUCAACUUCUAGCGGUCGAUCAAUGACCCCGAGGAGACCCAAGCGCUCCUUGCGAUCCCAAAACGAACCGCCUCAAACGGAAUGUGCGUUCUGUCGAAAUAACGGCGAACCCAGGAAGGUUUACCAGAGCCACAUUUUGCGAGACCAAAAUAAAGCAGUGGUAUGCCCUAAACUGCGUGCGUUGAAAUGCAUGAAUUGCAACGCAACGGGAGCCAAGGCGCAUACUUUGAAAUACUGUCCCUAUAAAAAGAUCGUGACCCCGGAGGACCUGGUGCACAUGGAAGAUACUCUUUGGAAGAACCACCAUUUGCGUUUGCGUAAUUGAUUUUUUAUAAUGUUGACUCAAAUCAUGACUUGUCUCAAAUAAUGUUGACCGUUGAGAGAAUGUGUAGGUUGAAUCUACCGGAAAAGAUAUGAUAGAUUUAUCUAAAAAGAUAGACCUAGGAUACGCGACAGAUCGUUUGCGAUGGAGUUACAUCUAUGAUGAUGUUCUUUUAUUUCAUUACUUCUACAAUCGAAAAUAUACUAACCACGAGUAAAUCUA